AUGCGUCCGGUGCCUGACACGUACACAAAAUGCACAAGACGCAGUGUGAGACGUGCGUCAGAGACUGCGAGAGAAUCACUGCCCAUAUCAGAGGCAGGAGUGAUUAUAGAAUUUCAUGCGAUUACGCCUUCUGAAACCGGCCGUCCGACCGACUACUACGGCAACCGGUCGUCCUCUCGGCCCCACUCGUUGCUUCGUCUCCCCUUUGCCAGCCCCUUCAGCCGGUCCACGGCUUCUCCUCCACCACGUGACUUGUCACCGAGGCGAGUCUGGCCUAACUGGACCCAAUCGGACGGCCAGACAUGGAGGCCACGAGAACCCAGAGCCGAAGACUGA